UAUUCAUAUUACCGGCUAGUUGGUUCUUGUAAACAUAAUAUAGUUACGCGUUAUAUGUCCAGCUGUACUCUUGUAUGCACAUAUUGUCUGUAAGCAAAAAUUUACCUAGUGAAAAAAAUCAUCAGUUAAUAUGAAUGACUUUUUAAGAAAAACUAACAAGUGUUUGUACUUGUACAAAAAAAAUACAUCGACAAUCAUGGGAUUCAACCGGUGCAAAAGUAUUGAUGUGGGAAGCGGUGAAUUUGGCGGAGGAGGUUCAAUUGGAGAAUCAAGUGAAAGCAAACACAAAGCUUCAUCGGAAGAAAAAUUUUUUUAUGAAGAGAAUAAGUUUCGAAUAGAAAAACUUAAACAAAUGAUCGCAUUUCGGAACAAACGAGUAGAUGAACACAUCGAGGAAAUCAUCCAAAGUUUAUCAAAGUCCGACAAAAAAUAAAUGACACUUCAAUAUUUUUAUUAAUAUUUCAUUCGAAUACAAUAUAGAUAAUCAUCGUGUUAUUUAUAAUUAUUUAAAAUUAAAAUUAAUCAUAUAACUACACAUUGACAUAUCUCUAUGUUAUCUUAUUAAUAAAAUACAUGUUUAUUACUGUGGACGCUGAACGCUCUAAUAUUUUAACUAAAUUACUUUCAUAGGCCACUACCAGAUAACGCAUCCAGAAGACUUGAAAAAAUGAGCUAGAAUUUUUACAAAUCUGUUUUUAAAUUCAAAACUUAAUUAAUUUCCCAACAGGUUACAUAAAUAAUACUAUGUAAACAC